UGCUUGCGGGUUUCGUAAAAGUGCAUCCCAGGAGUGAAAACUCGCGACGGACGAGUCGUGCACGGUUGCAUCACACAUCGCGCACAGGUGAAUCGCUCAGCGCUGGAAAAUCGCGUUGAAAACUGUCGCUUCCGUCCUUGAACCAGUGUUAUUCCUAGUGCGUCGGAAUCCCGCAACCGCAAACAAACCAGUGCAGGUGUUAAAUCCGCGAAAGCACCCCCGUUCCGGCCGGUUCGCGAAUUAUGCGCAUUUGGUUUUUCGGUCGUCGCCUCUGUGCCUAAGUGGACUGUGUUAUUAUUCUCGAGGGGAGAUGAAACUUUUCUCGAACGCGCUGGUCCUGCGGAAGGUCAAUCGAUAUCUGCGGAAAAACGUCCGGGACCAGUCGCCGAACAUCCUGCGGCUGUGGGCCACCCAGUGUGAGUUUGUGUUUGCCCAGCAGCUCCGGCGCAGUCAGCAGAUACUGGCCCUGUAUGCCAAGAUUUGGGAGGAACGAGCCCUGCGGGAACUGCUGAAACGAUUCCGCGGACAGGCCCAACGCCAUGCCAAAGGAUUUCUCCUGUCGUCAACGGCCCUGCUCGCCGCCUUCGACUGGGAUCGGGAACGGAUCGAGUACGAGGACGUAAAGGACUACUUUGACGAUUUCAACUUUCUGGAUCGGCUAAAGAAAGAAACCAUCUUCUGUCCACGAUGUCAGAAGCGGAAAGAAAUCGACUGCCGAGUGGAGGGUAUCCGGUACUGUUGCUGCCCGAAAAACGUCACCGAUAUGUUGUCCCGGGAGGAUAACGAAUUCACCGCAUGGGAGCCGUACAUCGAGCAGAAGACCAUGAUCACCUGGCGGAAGGAGCUCAAAGCGGGACUGUAUGCUUAUAAAGUGUACGUCGAAUAUCCAGACAUUACAGCGGAGGACUUCCUGCAUGUACAAACCGACGUCGAGUAUAGGAAAAAGUGGGACAACACCGCCGUCAGCUUGGAGGUUGUCGACGAAGACACUACCAAGGGAUCCAACAGCAGCAUAAUCUACUGGGAGAUGUUGUGGCCGAAACUGUUUGCCAACCGCGAUUACGUGUACAACCGGCGCUACUUUGUGGAUCGCUCACGCAAGGUUAUCGUCAUCGUCAACAAGAGCGUCCAGCAUCCCAAAUGUCCGGAGAAACCGAGCAACCAAAGAGUCAACGAAUACUGGAGUUAUAUGGUCAUCAAGCCAACCAGUGGUACGUUUAGCAAACCGGGCCUAUCGUUCAUAUUGACCUACUUUGAUAAUCCGGGCCUGUCGAUUCCCAAGUACAUCACCAACUGGGUGGCCAAGAAGCAGAUGCCGGAUUUUCUCGGGCAGCUGCAUCAGGCGACCGUCAACUACGCUUCGGCGAAGAAGCAGAAUGAAACGAGAAUCGUGGAAUUCUGGGAUAAGCACCGGGAUCCGGGUUACGAGUACCCGCCGGAUUCUCUACCCGGCUUCAGCAAUGAAGAUUAUCUUCAGGCUCGCACCGAAGGCGAGGGCAGUACCAGUCUGCAAGAAGCCAAUCCGAAACCCGUGCCGCAUGUUACCGAGCCAAAUUCAUUAAGAAACCACUCGGAGCAAUUGCAAUCCCUGAAUAGCAUCGCCAAAGAGCAAAGUCCAGCAAUGUCAACUACAUCGACCUCCCCAGUGAUGCCAUCGUCACCCUCUCAGCAGCAACAGCAAUCGCCAGACGACUGUGGCUCGUCGCAGAAAACUUCCUGGUGGGGUUAUCUCUAUUCGUAUUUAUACUUCAUAUGAGGAACUGAAACGAAACCGAACACAACCGUGGGGGCAGAACCUGAUGCAAGGCUGCCCGCUCAGGCAGCUGAUAAGAUGCGUUUCAGUCAAGGCUUUUCUCGUAAGGCGUGCGCGUAUCGAUCGAUGCUAAAGUAAUACUAUCUACCAAUACCUAAAUACUACACAGCAGUUGUAUCAACUCACAGAACGUUGAUCGUAAAGAGUGUCCGUUUGAGAAAAAAGUUUCACGCAAUUUUAGUUGUUUCGAAGUUUAGCAACGAUCGCUCUCGACAUGUGCAGAUAACUUUAGUUUUAGUUCUGAACUAUGUUAGGAUUAUUCGGACAAAAAAUAGUGUAGAAUUCGAGCAAAUAGCUAUCACAUUAUGAACAGAAGUUUAGCUUUAUGAACAAAAAAUGAUUUCCCAAUACUUACCGCAGCUAAGCGCCAAGCGAUUACAGAUCGUGACUACCAAAAAUUGUGAUUAAAACAUUGGAGAGGUGAAGAGUUCAAAAACAUUUGGGGCAGAAAUAAUGUAACACACUACAAUGCAAUAUUACUCGUUUAUAAUAAAUUGUGCAGUCAAAAGUUUGUUUUUAAGUCCUUAUUUCUGUAAAUACACAUAUUCUAUACCUUUGUUUUGUUUUCAAAGAAAAAGUUUGAUCACAUAUAAAACAUAAAAAAACUGGAUCCGCUCCAAAAAAAAGUUAUCAAGACUAUUAUCUAUAAUGUAUUGUGCUACUUUUCCUCGAAUCAUGAUGUGAAAAAUAAUAUAAAUUGACUUGAUCUAACAUGAGAGGCAAACUGAUCAUGUUGAAGAAAAGUAACGUCAAUUGAAUCAUUUUUCGCAAUAAUGAAAUAUUCGGAGAAAUAGUGUUUGGGAAAAAGUA